AUGGAUAGAUCAGUAAUGAGCUUAAGUAGUCUUUUGGUGUUAGCUUGUUUGGUUGGUUAUGGCACAGCACAAAGCGUUCAAAAUGUGUCUGCUCAUUGGGUCGACUUCUUUGCCAAGGAGAACGACUGGGACAUGAAUAAAGCUAACGAUGUUUACUGCAAGAUAUAUGAUGCCGAUAAGCCCUACGAAUGGCGCAGCAAAUAUAAUUGGACCCACUUCGGUGAUGUCGCCGGUCUUUCGAUUGACGAAGCUUGUGGCAAGUGCAUCCAUGUCACAAAUAGAGCGAUUGGCUAUGAAACAACAAUGAGAAUCGUUGGCCCAACCGGACAUGGCCUAGAGUUGGAUAAGCCGGUGUUUGAUCAGCUCGACAGUGAUGGGCAAGGCCAAGAUGUAGGACACCUUAUUGUGAGCUAUAAGUUUGUGGAUUGUGAUCCUACACCACCAGGUCUUGGCGAGUCUAAUGUCCGAGCUGAUUAUUCUAAAGACUACAAUCCUAUAGAGAAUGAUUGGACCUAUCCUUCCCAUGCCGAGUGCGCCAUCAAGGAUGGCGGUAAACCUGUCAAAACUAUAAACCCAUUCGGACAAACGUGGGCUACUCUAGUUCCAAACAGAACGAUGUAG